AUGCCCAACAGUCACCAGUCCGUGUCGCUAUUGCUGUUCGUGUUGUUACUUGCCUUGAGCGGACUGCAGUCCUGCCAAAGUGCCAAAUACCUGCAGUCGCGGGUCAUCAAUGGCGAGGAUGCGGAGGUGGGACUGGCCCCCUACCAAGUGUCCCUCCAGAUAGGGGGCUUUCACUUUUGUGGCGGCUCGAUUAUUACCCCCUUCUGGGUCAUAUCGGCGGCGCAUUGCCUCAUUGAGCACACGCCCACCGUAGUGGUGGGCGUUAGGGAUUUGUCAAACGCGUUCGAUGCAAUGCGCUACAAAGUCAAGUACAUGACUGCCCACUGCCGCUACGAGCUGGACGUUCACGAAGACGACGUGGGCCUGAUCAGAGUGACCACGGCCAUUAAGUUCGGACAAUUUGUGCAGCCCAUCACCAUCGAUUGGCGGCCAGUGGCGGCGGGCUCAAAGCUACUUACCACCGGCUGGGGCGCCACCUCGUACGUCGAGAUCUCCAACGAAAGUGCGCCCAUUGAGGAAUAUCCCCAGAUCCUGCAGAAGCUUACAAUGACUGCCAUCUCCCUGGAAGAGUGCCAAGGGUAUUACAAGAACAACGACGGAACCGGCGGCGUCGACUAUGGCGGCCUGUGCGCCUUCUUCGCCGGUGGCACCUGCAGCGGUGACUCCGGAGGCCCGCUCGUCCUCAAUGGUAGGCUGGUGGGCGUGGUCAGCUAUGGUCUCGACUGUGGCGAUGAUAUACCCGACGUCUUUGCCUCCAUGUGGAUGUACUACGACUACAUACAAACAAUGACCCGGGACUGUCUCUACCAAAACUCCCCAAAGCGCAGUCUGCUCGGCAGAGCAGGUGUUGAAAUGGAUCUGCCAAGAUCCAUGACCAUAUGA